UAUUGUGAUUCUGCAUUGCAACAUGAAUUUCAAGAUGUGGAACAUACCUGCCGCUAGUUUUCUUUUUGCACUUGCUAUACAUGGGGUGACAAGUCAGAACAGUAGCAUUGGCAGCAACACAGUGAACAGCUUGAAGAACAUUGAAAUUAGCAGCUUACCGAACAUUGAACUCAGCAACUCAACAGACAUUGGAUUCCGUAGCUUUCCUGUGAGGGGUCCUUUGUACUGCUUCCAGUGUGAUUCAUGGUUAGAUGAUGGAUGUGUUGUUAUAAAGCCGCCCUUUGAUGCAAGCAAUCCCCUUUUAAGUCUAUGCCCUGCUUCUGAUGGCCCUCCACCGUUUUGUCAAAAAAUUGUCAAAAGAAGUAAGAUUUACAAGAAAGACCUUGUGAUACGCAAAUGUGCUUGGACCAUGCACUCUCCGCCAGACUGCAAAGAGGACAUAUCAGAUGAUGUUUAUGAAAUUAACUGUCAGUGUUUUGAGCACGGAUGCAAUGGCUCUUCCUCUCUCCAUCGCCUUGGACCCCUGUUUGUGACUCUGGCUGGGUUGACAUUACUUCUUAGCCAUGUGCAACAGCUGUAAUCACUUUUUAAUAGACAAUAAAACCAUAUUGUACCAAACGAUAUUGCUCUUACUACCUUCCUAGCACUCAAUUAGUGUCUACUCCAUUAAUCACAAUCCAGCCAAGUAGUCUUGACAUUACUUCUUCUUUGAAAUAAU